UGUUCCUGUCCCCAGGACUGCAGCUGCAAUGUAGGCGGAGCCAGGGCCUGUCGGGAGUGUGUGACCUCAGGACCCCAGCAUGACAGCCAAGCGGGGUGCGUUGGCGGCGGAGGACCCCCACCUGGGCUCGGGCCCAGAUGAGGACGCCUCAGAGGCGUCCGCCUCCGGGAGAGACUCGGACUCGGAAAGCGUCCUCUCUGAAGACUCGGUGCUCCCGGACUACGAGCGGGAAGAGCGGGGGAACAGAGCCGCCGCCGCCGCCACGCUGUACGAGGCCUGCUCCUGGAACCAGACCCACAGCCUCCGCGCCAUUCUGGAGAGGGGCGUCACCCGGGAGGAGGUCAUGGAGCUGGAUGCCAACGGCUGGAACGGCCUAAUGGUGGCUGUUUCCAAAGGUUUUGUGGACAUCGUCACAGGCCUCCAUCACUGUCCCUUCCUGGAUAUUAACCACCAGGACAACGAUGGCAACACCGCGCUUAUGAUGGCUGCCCAGGCCGGUUACAUCACCAUUUUAAACUACAUCCUGAACUACUACGCGGGAGCGGACCCCGAGGUCAGGGACUCCCGCGGCUUCACCGCGCUCAUCAAGGCCGCCAUGCAGGGCCGCAACGAGUGCGUGGCUGCGCUGGUCAUGGCUGGUGCAGACCUGAACGCCGUGGACACGGCCCGGGGGAAGUGCGCGCGGGACUGGGCCCUGAAGACGGGACGCUACGAUACGCUGUUCCGCCUGCGGCAGCUGAAGCUCCGCCCCCGCGCCGAGCAGUUCGGCGACGCCUACGUCCCCGAGUGGCCGGACCUGCGGGAGCUGGUGGCCAAGGCGGCGGCGGCCAAGACGCGGGGUGAGCGCCUCACCCAGCGCCUCAAGUCCACCUUCGCCUUCAGCCUCCCCCACGACCCGCGGGACGGCGGCGUGCUGGACCACAUGGUGCGCAUGACCACCGGCCUCCGCAGCCCGCUGGUCUGCACCGGCUGCCGCCCGCUGUGCCCCGCCAGCCCCCCCGCGGCCGGCAAGCGGCGCCUGGCCGUGCCCGAGCUCGCCCUCCGCCACCCGGGGAGGGACCUGGCGGACGGGCCGGUGCGCCACAGCGUCUCCGCCUCCGCCUCGGUGGGCUCCGCCUCCUCGGAGGUGGCGGCGUGCUGCGCGGAGGCCGAGCGGCGGGGGAGCGUGCUGUCGCUGGCCUCCAACGGCGUGCGCAGCUUCAUCCCCCGCGGCGUGGCCCGCCGCAACAGCGUCUUCCCCGCCGGGUGCAUCCCGCACAUCCGGGUCACCCGGGCCGGCGAGCCCACGCCCAAGAAGGAGAAGAAGAAGAAGCUCUCGAGCCACCACCUGGAGCCUCCCAUGUGGAAGUACAAGGAGAUCAAGCAGGAGAAGAAGAAGAAGAAGGCUGAAAUGGAGAAGGAAGAGCAGGAGAAGAAGAAAAAGAAAAAGAGCAAGAAGUGA